AUGAAGGCCCAAUUUCUUUUAUUUCUCUUCAAUUCAACUUAGUCGCUCAACAUUCCGGCGGCAAAACCUCAGAAAACGAUACUCUAUCUGCCAGCUGCCGCCCAAGAUUCCACCGUCCUCCCCGUUUACAGCUUCACUGCAUCACUACACAUGUCCAAUUCGCGGAAAUGUCUACACUCAAGUAAUAGGUUAUAAUUAGGGACAUGACAUAUGCUUGCGCUCUUAAAGUUCCUAAAGCUUUAACUUUUGGUGCUUCAGCUGCAAGGAGGUCAUUGAAUGCGCACUUGAAUUAUCCUGGGAAGAGUUCUAUUAGAUCAAUCCGAAUGGAAAGUGAUAUUAGUACUGGUAAUUUGAGGGUUGAGAACUGCGAGUCAAGAGGUGCAUUCAUCGUUCUAGAAGGGUUGGAUCGCAGUGGAAAGACUUCACAGUGCGGCAAAUUAGUUUCUUACUUGGAGAGACUUGGUCAUGAAACUGAAUUAUGGCGGUUUCCUGAUAGAACUACUACUAUUGGACAGAUGAUAUCUGCCUAUCUCUCUAAUCAAUCCCAGUUGGACGAUCGCACUAUUCAUCUUCUGUACAGUGCAAAUCGGUGGGAAAAGAACUCAUUGAUGGAAACUAAGCUGAAAAGUGGAACCACUCUCAUUGUUGACCGUUACUCGUAUUCUGGAGUUGCUUUCUCAGCUGCCAAAGGACUUGAUUUUGAAUGGUGUAAGGUAUUCUUGCAGGCUCCAGAGAUUGGGCUGCUGGCUCCAGAUCUGGUACUGUACCUUGACAUACCGCCUGAGAAAGCUGCAGAAAGAGGAGGCUACGGUGGUGAAAGAUAUGAGAAACUUGAGUUUCAGAUGAAAGUUGGCAACUGCUAUCAGACCCUCCGUGAUUCCUCGUGGGAGAUCAUAGAUGCAUCCCAACCCAUGGAAGAGGUUCAAAAACAAAUCCAGGAGAUUGUGUUGGAUCAUGUUCUGGCAUCUGAAAAGGGGAAACCUCUUUCUCACCUGUGGCAACACAAAUAAUCGUUAUUGCCGAGUGGAUUUAGAUGAUUAUACUUCGAGAAAAGUUGGCCCCAAUUAUUUAGGAGUGUUGGCUGUGUGAUAUGUAGUAGACCUUUAUGAUUAGUAUCAGAAAAAUUACCCAUCCUUAGCAAGAAUCUUCCUAACAAUUGUGUACUUGAUUUUUUGUGCUUAGGAAGUAUUACACUUCUGUUUAUCCAAAUUUGAUUUUGAAUUUAGGCAUGGGUUUUGGAAUUUGUGAUCAAUGCAAAAAGAAUCAUUUCUA